AUGGGUCAGGGAGGAUGGGGGCCGUUCAAGGGCCUCUUGGGUCUGCCGUCUGGGAGUAUCUCACAGGCAGGUGGUGGGCAGAUCUCGCCAGGGGCGGUACCACCGCCGACCAGUGUGUACACGAGAGAGACAGACAUGCGUGCUGGUUGUAUCGCUCUCGACGAGUGGCGGCGGGGGGCGGCUGUGACUUGGCAGGCCGAAGCCAUCGAACCAUGCCUGGUCGCAGCCAUUGCCCAAUCCCAUGACACUGGCCAGGAGGGGGCCUCAUGGGUUGACGACGAUGCCCGCAAGUCGAGCAACAAGGGCUUCGAGCUGAGACAUCAGAGGCUCGCUGUACUUGUGCGGGUACUUGUACCCAGAGCGUCUCUGGCGACAUGUCUUCUGAAGACUCAGCAUGAUAUGACGACGAGGGAACAAGGCCAGCCGACGGCGAGAGAGAAAAGGGAGACGAGGAGAGUGCGGCCCGCCAAGGGCUUGGGCGGCCCGAGGCAGCAUCUGAGAGGCCAGAAGGAGGUGCAUGACGAUGCGGCAGGCGAGCGUGUAUACAGCGGCAACAAACGAGGCAUCGACUGA